AUGGGGUUUUUGCCAUCGAGUGAAAGAUUGAGCCAAUGGGAUAUAAAAGAAGGUGGAAGACCUGAAGUCCACUUCAAAUUCCAUCCACAAAAGUACAAAAUUUCUCCAAAAUCACGCGUGAACUCGGUUGACAAAUUAGUUCUUUGCAUAAGUAAUAGCAUAGCAAGGAUCUACUCUCCUUCAUGGCACUUGUUCAAUAAGCUAGAUUUCUUGUUAUUUGAUGUGAUUUCUUUGUUGAUUUUUAUGGCCGCUGCAUCCAUAAAACGUCAAACUAACACGUCUCGGCUUUGCGACACAGUCCAUGCAAAAUACCAUCGCUUUCGUUAUCAGGUCAUGAAACCAGAAAACGAAAGAAACAAGUGCAAAUCUUUCUCUCCACAACCAAGUGAACUUUUUCCAUCUCCCUAUUACUCCAAACCACACAGCCCUGCCAUCCACCAAGCAAAAGUGAUGGACAUUGGGUCUUGGAUAUGUGAGCUUCCUAACUCUGGAGAGUGGGCCGAAUCUGACUUACUACUAAUAUUUACACUCGCGAGUGCUGGAAAGAAGCAAGGCGACUCGAGUCGUUCAAUCCAACUCAGAGUUGAGCGUACCUCCGAGUCUAAUUCAGAGGCCUUUCUGAUCUUCAAAAUAUGCUUCGAAGGGUUUCAACCUUCCGACGAUGAAAAGCCUAUUUGGCUUUCUGACGCGUGUCCUCUAUCUUCAGAGCAACCUUCCCUCCCUGUGGUGCUCCAGCUUCUCCAAGAAACCGUCAACCGUUCACCUGCGGUUCCUGACAGCACCUGCCCAAGGUCCCAGCUCCAGAAACUCAAGCCAGAACCAAUUUCUUGGAUCAUGGAGUCUCACUCAUCCGACUCAUUUUCAAGUUUCUUUAACUUAGUCUUUCUCACGCGCUUGUUUUGGUUGUGUGCUCGUGAUGCUCCCAGCGAAAUUGGGUCUUUCUAUUUUCAAUCUUUGCUAGGUCCAAACAUCGAAACCUUAACAUGUAAACAAGCGCCAGUGCUGUGGACCUUUUUGGUUCCGUUUGGUGUAGACAACGGGCUAUGUUUCAUGCGAACCCUGGUGAACAUUUUGGCAAAAUGGAUGAUUUUAAGGGAAGUUAGCGUUGAAUUACAAAAUCUAACUCCUUUGCCAAGGCAGCACUUUGGAAUUUCAUAUGCAACUGAGGCUCAUGGAUUUUGGACCUUCAAGGGAUAUGCGCUGGUUAACGCCAUGAAACUGAUGCAUUCCAGUGAUCAAAGAAGUAAAUUUCCUGCCAUUGGAGCCAAGGAGUCAUUGUUAAGAUAUGCCCUUGCACACCAGCAGCUUGAGGUAAGAGCACGUGUUGACAAACGCCUCCACGUGGCUAAACUAGGAUUUAGGAAAAAAGAGGAUGCCAUGGAUUAUUAUUUCGAUGAAAGACACUUUCCAUCGAGGAUCCGAGUUUGGGUUGGGCCUGAAGUUGGGUCAACAUAUGUGUCCGGGUUAAGCCUGGGUUGCUCAACUGACAAUGGUGGAAGAGAAGUAGAAACGCAAAGAAUCGUUAAAGAGAGUUUCGGAAAAUCGAAGACUUCAGGAAUUAAAGCCAAAGCAAGAGUGUCCAUGAGGAACAAGACGAAGAACUGGAGGUGGGAUCAAGACGCAGAAGGGAAUACUGCGGUGUUUGAUGCAGUUUUAAGUGACAGUGUGACAGGCCAUGAAAUUGCCACAUGGAAGUCGUUCGAUAAUGGUAACAGUCUCAAAUGCAACAAUAGUUUUCAGAAUAGGUAUUAUGGGGUUAACAGGCCAUUUACGAAAGCUGGUGGGUUGGUUUUUGCUGGAGAUGAUUAUGGGGAACGAGUGGGAUGGAGAUUAAGCAAAGAAAUGGAAGGAAGUGUUUUGAAGUGGAGAAAUGGAGGGGAAGUCCGGUUAAGUUAUUGGCCUAACAACAUCAGAAAUUCUUAUGUCGAGACAAUGUGUGUGGAAAUGGUGUGAUGAAGUUGAUUUGCCAUUGAUUCCCGCAAAAUAGAAUAU